AUGCCGUCCAAGCUCGGCGAGUGGUACACCAAGUUCGCCGACUUCAAUGUCGAGACAAUCUUCGCCAGACGCAGGGAGCCAGGCCCGCCCCGUACCGUCUACGUCAACAGCCCCCUUCCCGACGACUAUUUCGACCCCAAGAAAAAGCACAAGGUCCUGAAACAGCAUGUCUAUGCCUCGAACCAAGUGAUCACUUCCAAGUACACAGUGAUCACCUUCCUCCCCCGCAACCUCUUGGAACAGUUCCGCCGAAUAGCGAACAUCUUCUUCCUAGCCAUCGCCAUCCUCCAGUUCUUCUCCAUCUUCUCCACCGUCUCCCCCGGCCUCGUCAUCCUCCCCCUCCUUAUCGUCCUUGCGAUUACUGCCCUCAAGGAUGGCUAUGAGGACAUUAAGCGGCAUCAGUCGGACCGGGCUGUCAACUACUCCCAGGUGCGCGUCUUGGCAGGCGGGGAAUUCAGGAACGAGAAUGCCAUGGCGGAGAAGUCGAAGACCUUCGUCCGCGCGCUCGUCCCCAUCUCAAGGAAACGGCAUAGGAAGGGUCAGCAUGACCAGGACGUCGAGAAUACCCAGCAUGGCGCCCCCCCGGAGGCCAUCCACACCGACGGUGGAGAACUCACGACAAUACCGACAGCCACUGUCGCGAAUGACACCGACGUAGAGGACGGGGAGCCCGUAGAGGAGGUUGGCACUGUGUUCCAUCACCACGGACGGUCAUCACGGCCACAUUGGAAGAUGACCAUCUGGGAGGACGUGCGCGUGGGCGACAUUGUCAAGAUCAAGGAGGACGAAUCGUUCCCCGCGGACAUCCUUAUAUGCUCGACCUCGGAGGAGGAGAACGUCGCAUACGUCGAGACGAAGAACUUGGACGGCGAGACCAACCUCAAGAGCCGGAGCGCGUGUCCCUCCCUCACCCAUCUCGACUCGGCGCGCUCGUGUGCGAGUAAGCAGAACGCCUUCCAUGUCGAUUGCGACCGCCCGGACACCAAUCUGUACAAGAUGAACGCGACUGUGGUCACUUCAGAUGGGGCGAAGCACGCGGUCGAUACAAACAUGAUCCUUCUCAGGGGUACGGUCCUCCGUAAUACUCGCUGGGUCAUUGGUGUCGUCCUGUAUACCGGCGAGGACACCAAGAUCGUGCUCAACUCUGGUGUGACCCCGAGUAAGCGCAGCAGGGUGGAACGACAGAUGAAUCCGCAGGUAUUUAUCAACCUUAUCCUACUUGCCGUCAUGGCCGUCGUAUGCGGUAUUGUCGAUUCCGUGCUGGAGCAACGCAACUUCCCACGAGGUGCUCCCUGGCUAUACGGAGACACGCAUGGCGACGACAACCCGAAGAUAAACGGUCUGAUCACUGCCAUUUACGCGCUCAUCACCUUCCAGAACAUCAUCCCCAUCUCGCUGUACAUCUCCAUCGAGGGUGUCCGGACAUGUCAGGCUCUGUUCAUCUACUUUGAUCGCGAGAUACUCUACGAGAAGACCAACCAGCCGACGCUCGCGCGCAGCUGGAACUUGUCUGACGACCUUGGCCAAAUCGAAUACAUCUUUUCGGACAAGACGGGCACGCUUACGCAGAACGCGAUGAUCUUCCGCCAAUGCACUAUUGGUGGCCGCGUCUACAGUGGCGAGAAGGUGGACGAGCCGGAAGCCUCCAAGGACGAUCUACGUGUCGCCGCAGUACCUAGCGACGAACGCGAUAACUCCCAUGAAGCUCCUAGGUCCAGCCCGUCGUUGGUGGCGAAGAAGUCGACGAAGUCCUCCGUGUCGUCCACCACCGAGACACCGAAUCCUCUGGCCGCCGACAAGGUAGCCAAGGCGGAGCACGUCCUCACUCACUUCAGCGAUGCCGGUCUCGCGGCCGACAUCACAGCGGCGCAGAGCGCGGUGUCCGGCACCCAGGAGGACGCGCACGGGCGCACGCUCAACGGCUUCUGGACCGUCCUCGCGCUCUGCCACACCGCGCUCGUCUCCGUCGACCCGCACACGGGCGCGAUCCAGUAUAAGGCGCAGAGCCCGGACGAGGCCGCGCUCGUGCAGGCCGCGGCGGACGUCGGGUUCGUGUUCCGAGGGCGCGACCGCGAGGUGCUGACGCUGCAGACGCCGUUCGCGCGCGAGGGCAAGUACGAGCGGUUCGAGCUGCUGAACAUCCUGGACUUCACGAGCGCGCGGAAGCGGAUGAGCGUGAUCGUGCGGAAGAUCGCGGACGAGGAGGGCGGGGCUGGGGGGAAGGAGGGCGACGGGAAGGUGUACGUGCUGUGCAAGGGCGCGGACAACGUGAUCAUCGAGCGGCUGAGCCCGGGCCAGGACGCGUUCGUGCGGACGACGGAGGACCAUCUGGCCGAGUUUGCGAGCGAGGGGCUGCGGACGCUCACUUUGGCCUAUAGGGUCGUACCGGAGGAUGAAUACGAGGCUUGGGCACAGCGCUACCAUGCGGCGUCCGUCUCCCUGGAAGAGCGGGAGGAGGAGAUCGAGGCUGUCUCGGAGGAGAUCGAGCAGGGCUUGCGUCUGCUGGGUGCUACGGCUAUCGAGGAUCGACUACAGGACGGCGUCCCAGAGGCCAUUGCUGACCUCAAGGAAGCAGACAUCAAGAUCUGGGUGCUCACUGGCGACAAGCUGGAGACUGCUAUUGCUAUCGGCCACAGUACGAAUCUCAUAGGCCGCGAGGACAACAUCAUUGUUAUCCGCGGCGGAGGCGAAGGCUCCGUUCCCGUCUAUGCGCAGAUGCUCAACGCCGUCGAGCAGUUCUUCCCUGAGAGCGGCAUUCUGCAAGAGGACGGCGUAGCUGUCAACGAACUGCCGCGUGACUCGAAUGGCUACCCGCUCCAACGCAUCAUGACCGGCAUGUCUGACAUUGUCGGACAUCACAACGGCGACAGACCUGGCGGCUUCGUGCUUGUUAUUGAUGGAGCUGCACUGACGCAUGCAUUGGGGGAUGAGAAGCACAAGCACUUGCUGCUGCGGCUCGCGAUGCAGUGCGAGGGCGUCAUUUGCUGUCGUGUCUCUCCGUUACAGAAGGCUCUCGUCGUCAAGCUCGUCAAGGACGGUGUUGGUGCUAUGACCCUUGCCAUCGGCGACGGUGCGAACGACGUCAGCAUGAUCCAAGCUGCAGACGUUGGAGUUGGCAUCGCGGGCGAGGAGGGUCUCCAGGCUGUGAACUCGUCCGACUAUGCCAUCGCGCAGUUCCGAUUCUUGAAGCGAUUGUUGCUCGUGCACGGGCACUGGUCGUACGCCCGCAAUGGUAACAUGAUUGUCAACUUCUUCUACAAGAACAUCAUCUGUAUCGGUGUGCUUUGGUGGUUCCAGAUCUAUUGUGGUUGGAGCAGUCAAUACGUCUUUGAGUACACCUACUUGUUGUUUUGGAAUACUUUCUGGACCAUCGCUCCAGUUAUUGGUAUCGGUCUUUUCGACCGCAUUGUUGAUGAUCAUGUACUCAUGGCGUUGCCCGAGCUGUAUCGCCAUAGCAAGAAUCACGAGUACUUCGGCACCAAACUGUUCCUCGUCUACAUGUUCGAUGGAGUUCUGCAGUCUGCUAUCAUCUUCUUCCUCAUCCUUUACACCUACAACACCACUACCUCUCGCACUGAUGGUUACGACGUAUACCAGUACGAAUUUGCCACUACGUUGGCUAUCGCAGCUGUAAUGGCGGCCGAUCUUUUCAACGGACUGAACACACACGUAUGGACUGGCUGGAUUUUCUUUGCUGUUGCCCUGGGUAUCGUUCUCAUCUGGGCCUACACUGCUAUUUAUUCGAUAAUUUCUCCCGGGUGGUUCACUACACCUAUCUACGGCAACGAUCAUUACCUCUUCCCUUCGGCAUACUUCUGGUUUUCGAUCAUCCUGGUGGUUAUCCUGGCGUGCCUCCCCCGAUACAUCUACAAAGCCUACAAGUUUUCGUUCUUCCCGAGUGAUCUAGAUCGUGCCCGAUGGAUUGCCAAGCUCGACCCAAACCACGACUUCUCGAAGGACAGGAAUGGUGGUCUCGCUCGAGUCAAGCGCCCAGCUAGCCGCAGGGCCAGCCUCCGUCGACCUGCGCUCUACAACGGCAGCCGUACCGACAUGUCAACGGGCCUCCGGGAAGUUAAUCGCGGCUUUGACUUCGCUGCUGAAGAAAACGGAGUUGCGAUCCAGCGGAUACAGAGCCAUUUGUCACAGAGAUCCGUAAAUGCGGCGCCCGCACAGAAGAAGAGGAGACGGAACCCGACCUCAUUAAUGCACGGCUUCUCGAUAUCGCGGACGCUGCGUCGUCCGAAGACGCGUGGGUCGGAGACGGGACAGAUCCCUGAGGAAUCGUUGUUGAGACACGAGAUCACUUCGUCGUCGCCGUUGCGGUUGUCGAAGUCACCAUAGCGCUUGCCCAAGGACGCAGAUGUGUUGUGUUUUUUUCUAUUUAUGCUUCUUGCCACAGCUAGCCCCUUCGCUCUCGUCCAUCUCUCGUGCAUCCCAUCCCACCCAUCCUUCCACCUCCUGUGUUGCUAGUGCCCGCCCAUUUCUGACCUGUAUCCAUGACACUAGUAGAGCGGUAUCUAUUUCACGCAUCUCAUGACUCACUCUUAGCACCACGCACAUCGCCUUGUGUCUACCUAAUCUGUACUUGUGCUCAGCAUAAAACUCAUUGGGGUGCGCCUGCCCCUUUCACCAAUUGCCAAUCACCAUCGCCAUGGUCAGUCUUUUGAAC